AUGGCAAAACGAACGUGGUCCGAUUCAAACCCUGCUGGAAUCAACGCUGAUGCGACCGCUCGCCAGCGCGACCAAAUGGUCAUGGAAGAACUUCAUCCGGUCGGCAGAGCAUCUCAGGCAUCAUAUCUACUGAAGCUUCCAUUCCUCAGAUCUCACGCAAGAUCAAGGCAUGUGCAGCGUGUCGGAAACACAAGAUUCUCUGAAUCCGUGGUGCAAGAUCUAGAGCAAAUGCACAACGCUCUACGACAAGUCAUGACCAAACUGAGCCUCCCAGAACUUCCCCCCUUACAGAGCAUCAAUUCUCGAGACGAGGGAACACCACCAAAAGACGACAACCCAUCGAAUACGUCAAAUCAUCUCGCUGUAUCUCAAGACGAAUUCCGAGGCCCCUCAUGCGACAAUUCUCCAAAAGCGACCCCUGAAGAUGAGGGUCUUCCCUACGUCCCCAUCCAUUCUUUGUAUACUCUCACCAAACUAAGUGCCCUUCGAUCCCCCGACAACCCCGAAGCUCAAAGAGGAAAUGUGAUAAACGACUAUUCGAGAAGGGGCUUGAUUGAUGGACGUAUUGUGCGUCUUCCCACUGUUGUGGUGAGACCCGGAAAGCCAUCCGCCGCAGCUUCGAGCUUAGCUUCAGGAAUUGUGAGGGAGUCGUUGCAGGGCAUUCCGAAUACUCUCCCUGUCCCUCGAAGCACACCCAUCUGGAUCUGUAGUCCAGCAAUAGUGGUUAAGAACCUCAUAAUGAUGAAGGAUAUACCCGCUGAGAAAUUCGGACACUCGCGGAUUGUGAAUCUGCCGGGCCGCACGGUUUCUGUUCAGGAUAUUCUGGACGCGGUGGAGAAGGUGGGUGGUAAGGAAGCGCUAGGAUAUGUAAAGGAAGAAGCGGACGAAGCUGCUUACAAGAUUGUAAAAGGCUGGGCUCCUUGGUUUGACGAUAGUAGGGCAAUGAGUCUGGGAUUACAUGCGGAUGGGGAGUUGGUUGAUGCUGUCAAGGCGUUUCAGGAUAGACUCAAGGCGAAAUAA